AUGUUCCCAGGAGGCCAAAGUGUGAUUCUGGGGAAGAUUUACCUGGUGGUAGCGGUCAUUCGAAUACCGCCCCUCAGCUGGGCCUUUCGAAGCAGCCAAAAUCCCAAAUGCGGCCUGCUGAUGGAACUAAAUUACGGUCCACUAUCAGAGGAACUGACUGCUUCAAUGAUGUGGAAUCUGGGAAUGAUACUGAGACGCCAAUCCGAGAGCCGUAUGUUUAACGGGGCAUUGCAUGAUUUUCUUGUCCAAUUCCAAGAACUAGAACGACGCUGGAGAGGAUACUUUGAACAUGCCACCGAGAACAUCCUGGCAAGCGCCGCGAGAUUGCAGCUGGAAAUUCUCCGCCGUUCCGAGCCAUCGUUUGUCCCUGUCGACCUUUCGAGCGAGACGACGGUAAUUGCGCUGGCCCUUCACUUACUUCUUGUCGUGCAGGAUAUUCGUAUUGUGGAUGGCUGGGCAGUCCCCUGCACUGAGGAGGGGGUAUUUGCAGAUAGCUCUCUGGCCACCUUUGAUGGCGGCUACGAGUACAACCCGCUUAGUCCAUUUAUGCGGCUCCACAAGAAAAAUGAGCAAGAAUGGACAGAGAUAUGCCUGACCGAGACUAGUCAAAAACCGAGCUAUAGUCUCGAUGCCAGUCCCAAUGUGAUGAUGGAGUACAUCAUUCAAUCGUCGUUUCGGCUUUUGGAUGCGCAGGAUCCUCGCCAUUGGCCGACAGUACUGUUUAUAAUUUUGAUCCUUUAUCUCUGCUUGCCCGACAUGUCGCCGGAUAGCCCCUGGAUGUCAGCAAUCGAAGACGCUUCUAAGCCGCUAUUGCCCCUUCUCACAGACCUUGCCCGAUAUUACUAUAUAUCCACAGACGGUGGGAGAUUAAUGAGCGACUCCUGGGCUGAAGAGGACUUUGCGGCUCGAGUCGGCCAUCAUGAAGAAAGUAUCAAAUACACUCGCAUGUUGAAUGAGCUCUGGCUCGAAGCAGGUCUCCAACUGACUCAUCGAGUAACGGCGCCAGAGCUCUGGGCCGUUCGGCUGCCAGUCAAAAUCUCCAACGGCCUAAGAACAAGUGACGCAGAGGCGGUGCAAAUGAUCGAGGAUGGACUUCUGCAAUUCUCAUUCGAGAACGGACCCCCAGUCGACGAGCCCGCAGCCCCCAAACCAGAUCCCAUCCAACAGGCCCUAGAGGAGACAGUGGCGUCCACGCAGGCGGAAUGCGUCAAGCUCGCAGAAAAAGUCGCUGAGACGCAACGGGCUCUCGAAAUCACGCAGGCCGAGCUUGCACGCACGCAGGAGCAGCUCGAAUCGUCCCGCAAGGCUCAGGAGACAGCCACUGUCGACCAUCGCGUCGCGCUGGAAGCUGCACAGCGAGAGUCGAGGCGGCCAAGACCAAUGCCGUCCGCGUGCAGACUGCGCUUAGUCGGCUUGAGGGCCAACAGGGCGGUUUGCAUUCUCUCGGUCGUUUAUGGGUCACGUUUUUACGAUAAUAAGCAGUCGGUGAUUGACCGGUUGCGGUAUCUGAUUGAGCGGCAUGAGGAAUUCAAGAUCACAAACGAUGUUUGCGAGGAUGACCCGCUAAGUGGUACUCGCAAGAUGUUGGUGGUGGUGUAUCGAUUCACCGAGAGCUCGCGGGUUGGACGCAUACGGGUUCUUGCCGGGUGGGAUGGGGACUCCGUCCGGUUUGAUGCGCUGGAUUCAAUGUAG